AUGCCACUUACAAUCCUCGCCCUCCACACCCAGCAAGCCGCUGGUGGUGCGGGUAGGGACAUGGCGUAUGAGUAUCAUGACCAGGGCCAGCAGCAGCAGCAGCACAUGCCUACUGCUGGCAACCCCCACGAGAUGUCAGGACUCAUGAUCCAGAUGUCCCAGGCCAACCGUUCUUCAUCGUCGCCGGUUGUCCAGUCCGGCGCCUACACGCACAUGCCCCAGCAUCACCACGCAGUGGUGCAACAUCACCAACAGCAACUGCAGCAUCAAAUGCCGCCCCAACCCCAGACCGAACGUCGCCCACGCAUGCCGCGCGCUCCUUCGGCUGGCGCGCGACACAUGACGACGCCAAUGCGCCGGCAGCGACCCUCCUCCGCCAAUCGUAACCGUGCUCGAGACUCGUCAUCGGCCAGUCCCACGCCCAACGGUCGGUCUCGCAACUCGUCCGGCUCUUCCAAUGCUGGCGGUCCCGUCAUCGGUGCGAGCGUGAAGAAGCGCCGCUCCUUCCAGACCCCAGCCGGUGGUCGCCCUGGCCACCCGCGCACGCCCAGCGCUGGCAGCAGUGGCGCGCUCGGGCUCGGCAUUGGCAUGGGCGAUGGUGGUGGCGGCGGCGGCGGCUUUGUCAACUUCACACCCAGCGAUCACACUCUUCUCAUGACGGGUGUUGCUCCCUCGGGAUCCAGCAAGACCAAGGCGCGGCGCGAGAAAGAGGCUCUCGAAAAGAGGCGACGCAUGAGCGAGGCCGCCCUCAAGGCUGUUGCAGCAGCAGGCGGCGACAUUGACAAGCUCGUCGAAGAGGGUUUUGUUUUCUAGUACUCGGGCACUCUCUCUCUCUCUCUCUAUCUUUACACAGGCGGCGUCUUACCGGGGUGUCUCAUGGGACUGUACCACUAUGGAUGGACAGGCGGAGUUUUAUUUGGUUCCCCAGCUUCUUCGUGAAAGGGCCUGGGGAACAACACAAACGGAUCGGGGGCAGGCUUUUCGGAGUCGUUGAUUUUGGCUUUGGAGACGCUUCACUUUUCUUUCCUUUUUCCACCCCUUUCCCUCAUUGUAUCACCAUUCACCUCCAUCUGGUUGGGUGACUUACAGCAUACCGAGCGCAAACUUGUCUCUCUAAUUUCUUUUCCCCUUAACGCCUCCACACCCACACCUCUUUUACUUACUACCCUCAUUACCCAACCUCCCUUUUGUCUAUUUCUCCAUCUAGUCACCGAUUUUCAGCGGGCAGGUUUCUUGGCUUUGUGAACUGGUCGUUUAGUUUCUCCUGUUAAGCCCGCAAAAGGGACAGAUAUCGAAUACAUCAAUAUCAACUUGA